AUGAAGUUACUCAAGUACCUGUUAUUUGCGAUUCUGUUGGUUUCCAUUAUACCGCGGGAUAUCCUAGCAGCUGAUACGCCUCCUGGCGAUACACCUCCUGGUGAUACACCUCCAGCUGAUACCCCUCCAGCCGAUACCCCUCCUACUGAUACUCCUCCUGCCGAUACCCCUCCUGCCGAUACUCCUCCCGCUGAUACUCCACCAGCUGAUACUCCUCCCGCAGGCACUUCCCCCGCUGGCACUCCACCCGCUGAAACUACCACCGCAGCUCCCGGUGGUGCUACCACUAAGAAACCCGCUACUACUACAAGGAGGCCCGCUGCCAAGCCUGCCAAUAAGAGACCGGCUAAUAAGAAACCAGCCAAUAAAAGGCCAGUCAAUAAGAAGCCUGCUAAUAAGAAACCUGUUAAUAAAAAACCUAAGAGGAAUGCCAACAGGAUUUUACUCAGUGCUUCUAACUUUUAUAUGACUAAUUUUGCAAUAUUCUCUGAUAUUUUACUUAAAUAG